AUGCAGAAAUGCCGAGUCGAAAAUGCUUUUCUGAUAGCAGCAACAGGAGAAUUCAUAACUGGAAUGUUGGGGAACAGUUUCAUUGUACUAGUUAACUGCAUUGACUGGGUGAAGAGUCAAAAGCUGUCAUCAGCUGACUGCAUCCUCACCAGCCUGGCUCUCUCCAGAAUCGUUCUUCUUUGUACAGUACUAUUUGAUUCAUAUUUUACGGUGUUUUGGGCACAUCUUUAUGCCACUGACAAACUAGCAAAAUUCAUUAAUAUUUUUUGGACACUGAGCAAUCAUCUAGCUACCUGGUUUGCCACCUGUCUAAAUGUUUUCUAUUUCUUCAAAAUAGCCAAUUUCUCCCACCCCUGUUUCACCUGGCUGAGGUGGAGACUUAGCAGAGUGCUACUUGUACUUCCACUGGGGUCUUUAUUCUUAUUGUUUUGCAACUUUGAAUUAUCAGAUAUAUUUACUAAUUUCUGGGUUAAUGUCUAUCGAGGAUAUAAAAGAAACUCAACUUGGUCUCUAGAUGUAAGUAAAACUCUGUAUUUUAACAGCUUGAUUGUUUUCAGUUUCAUCUACUUAAUCCCCUUUCUUCUGUCGCUGGCCUCACUGCUCCUUUUAUUUCUUUCCCUGAUGAGACACACCAGGAAUAUGCAACUGAACUCCGGCUCUAGGGACUUCAGCACAGAGGCCCACAAAAGGGCCAUGAAAAUGGUGAUGUCUUUCCUUCUCCUCUCCACGGUUCAUUUUUCUUUCCUCCUAAUAACAGGUUGGACUUUCCUUUUACUGCAUAAUUCUCAGGUCAGUUUUGUUGUCAUAUUAUUAUCGACUCUUUUUCCUUCGGGCCACUCAUUUAUUCUGAUUUUGGGAAACAGCAAGUUGAGAAAAACUGCUUUAGGAUUACUGUGGCAUCUUAAUCGCCACCUGAAAAUGGUGAAACCUUUAGCUUCACAGACUUUUCCAGAAUUUUCUAUAUCCCAAGAGAAUUAAAUUAAUGAAGAGACAUUGAAGAUCCAUUUUAAACUUUGUUUUUCUAUUACUAUUAUUCUCACUAGAUACUAUUAAACAUCACAGACUUUCCCCAGAAUGACCUAUAAACUUAAAAAGCAAGCAUCAUUCAUUAUAACGCUUGCUAGUAGCAAGAAUAUAUUUGAGACAUAUAAAAUAUGUAAUGCAACAUGUAUUAAUUUUAUAUGUGCUGGCAAAUAUUUAUUACAUUCCCAUGUGAGAAAAAUGAUUAUUUAGAAAUGGAAAUCCCUUCCGAGUUGAAGUAGGUGGAAUAUUUGUACAAUAUUAAGUUAAAAAUAAACUAAGGAAUAAAAAUGCUGGAAGUGUAUCAUCCCA